AGCCCGGAGUAACCCGAGAACGACGACGGAGAACCUCGCCAGUCAGUGGCCGCAAGUCUUUUCCCACGCCACUCAAAGGGGAGGAUCUUUUUUUUUGUCUGUCUCUGCGCGUGUGUGUUUUUUUAAAAGGUGUCCCUUCUGUGGAUUUAUUUACCAAACGCUUUUAACGCUCCGUGCAAUCCGGGAAACUACAGCUCCCAUGUGACCCUCUUCUUGAAUUACCUCUCGCUCUCUUUUCUGGAUUUAGAAGCUGCUUCAAGGCGGGCGAAAAAGAAAGAAUAAUACAAAACAAAACACAACAACCUUUCAUUCUGCUCAGCAAUCAUCAGCUCGGCGAGGAAAGAAGUCGAGGAGAAAGGUCGGGCGAGAGGACCUCGUUCCCCACCCACACCACUACCAGGUGAAAACUAACCGCACUGGCGGUGGCAAAAGGUCGCGAAGAAGCACGCAGCUCACCGCACCGUGUAUCCGACGUGAGAAGAACGGGGGUCUGCCCCUCGUGAAACUUUGAUUGCUUUCCAUGGACUUCUCGUUUGGGAAGAGAAGUUUACUGGAUGGGAUUUACUCGUUGGCGUUUUCUUUUUUCCUAUAAUAGUUAAUGAAGUUUGCGCUUGUGGUGGAAGAGAGCGACUCGAAUUCUGCCUGCGAUCUGUUGCAGUUCAAACAGCGGGGGAUCGAACGAGAAAUUCAACCAGAAAACAGCAACAGCAGGAGGAGAAGAAGAAGACGGGAAAACAAUAAAGCGGGGGUCUGACUGCCUGGAUUCAUCUAAAGUAAUAACCACCAGGAAACGCUUGGCUUAUAGUUGCUGGGGGGGACGGAGGAUCUGAUUCCCCCCUCCAUUUACCCACCCUUCUGACCGAGAGGGAAGAGCCAUCAGCUUGCCGGACGAGGGGAGAACACCGAGGGGAGCGGCGCGACUGACAAGAUGAGCGGCGGAGAUGUUGUCUGCUCCGGUUGGCUUCGAAAGUCUCCGCCUGAGAAAAAGUUGAGACGUUACGCAUGGAAGAAGCGAUGGUUUGUUCUUCGCAGCGGGCGGAUGACGGGCGACCCAGACGUUCUGGAGUACUACAAAAAUGACCACACCAAAAAGCCCAUCCGCGUCAUCGAUCUGAACCUGUGCGAUCAAGUCGACGCCGGCCUGACCUUCAACAAGAAGGACCUCGAGAACAGCUUUAUAUUUGACAUCAAGACCAUCGACCGCAUCUUCUACUUGGUGGCGGACACAGAGGAGGAGAUGAACAAGUGGGUGAGGUGCAUAUGUGACAUCUGCGGGUUCAACUCUACUGAUGACGACUCGGUGAAACCUUCCAACCCUAUUGGCGGAGCGGCCGACAUUCCCUUUGCCAACCCAGGGGUGAUCGCAGCCUCCUCUAUGGGAGCUUUUCCACCUCCCUACCAGCCGGUCAGUGUUCGACCCUUGGAGUCCUCGUCCAGCCAGGGGGAACCGGAUGACUACCUGUGGCUUUCCAACUGUGAAACGAAGAAACCUGAGAUAGAAAGCAUUUCAUCCUCUCUUGCUGCUGAUGAACAUGAAGAAGAGUAUCUGCUUCUAGAAGACUGCGAGAGCAGAAAAGUCCACCCAGCGGGCCAGGUCCACGCAGAACCUUCCAAAUCGACCUCUUCCGAGACGGACUGCAAUGACAAUGUUCCUUCCCAUAAGACUCAGCCAGGGCUCUCCAAGCAGGUCUCCAACAAUGGCUUCUUCCAGCAGCUCCCCAGUAUCUACGAUUCUCCCCCAUCGCGCGUGGCCUCGGUCUCCAGUGACUCCGGCCAGUACGUCUUGCCUCGCAGUUACUCUCAGGACACGGUCCUCCUCCUUAAGGCCUCUUCGCCCCUCGUCACCGAAAAUGACGCCGACGACGUCUACUUCUUCAACUCCCCCCGACGGAAGACCUCGAUGGAGACACAGAUGCGGAAUGUCUCCAUCAAUUACGAAGUCCCCUCCACGCCGGGCUCCAACUCCAUUUACCAGGUGCCCAAGACUUGCCCGGAUGGGGCCAUGGGACAGGCCGCUUCGGGAGCGGACGUUCCUCCUCCGCGGCCCCCGAAACCUUUGCUUGCGGCCCCCGAGAGGUCUCCAACUGAAAACAACACGAAUCUUCGCUCGUUCUCGGAGGCUGACAACACCUACUGUGUGCCCACGGCGGCCGGCAAGUCCCUGCGCAGCAACACAAUCCCCAUCGUGGACUCCUCGCGCCUGCGGAGAGAUUAUACUUCCCAGGAUUCGUAUGAUUUUCCACGGCCGUUUGCCGACAGCAACAGUUCCUUGGAUCUUAAUGAGAGUUUCAAUUCCUACCUGAAGAACAAAGGGAUGAUGCCCCUGAGCAGCGUCUCGGGUGAAGAGAGCGACGAGAAUUACGUCCGCAUGAGCGCCAACUCCCCAUCCCAGCACCACUCCAGCAGCCUCUCGGAGCUCAUCCAGGAACCUAACUACGUACCCAUGACCCCCAGCAAUAUGGAAUUCCCCUCGCUGGGGAAGCAAGUGCCCCCGCCGGCUCAUAUGGGCUUCCGUUCCAGUCCCAAGACUCCACCACGAAAGCAUUUACUCAUCAGUGAGUGCCAACCGCCGCCUGUGGACCGGAACCUCAAGCCUGACCGGAAAGGUCAGAGCCCUAAAAUAAUCCGAGCUAAACAGUAUGGCUUAGAGCGCAGCGAUUCUCAAACCGUGGGGGAAUUCUCAAGGAGAUUUAAGGUCAAACCGGCCCCGUUAGAAAUCAAGCCCUACACUGAACCAGAGGACUUCCAAGCCCCAGUGCGGUCUCCGGUGACGAGGACGUUUGCUAGAGAACCCUCCAGGUUACCCAUCGCUCCGAGGCCAGCUUCAGUGCACAGCACGGCAUCCAGCACCGACUCCCAGGACAGUGAGGAGAAUUACGUGGCCAUGAUCAGUAGUCAGUCGGCGGACGAGCCAAACAUAAAACUUGCCCCGCAGCUGAAUGCUGACGGUGGCAGCAGUCCAAUGGUAAAACCCAAAGGUGAUAAGCAGGUGGAAUAUUUGGACCUGGACCUGGACCAAGGGAAGUCGACUCCACCUAGAAAGAAGAAGAGCAGCGGCACGGGCAGCACCGCGUCAGACGAGCGAGUGGAUUACGUUGUGGUGGACCAACACAAAACGGAGGCCCUGAGAAACACCCGGAAGGCCUGGAACGACGGCAGGCAGUCGACAGACACAGAGACGCCGUCCAAAGGAGCCAAGUGACGGCCGCCGUCGAAAAAAAAGUUGAGAGACUCGCCGGGGCAGGCGAGGGAGUGGAUUUCCGCGGACCAAUUUGGAGCAGGCGACGCUCAGGUGAACGAUGGAUGUUACGUGACCAGCCAUGCAAGGAUUCCUCCGCAGAGAAGGCAGACGUGAUGAAGACCGAGAAGGC